AUGGCUCCUGAUAGCAAGACUCUAACAGCAGCGUGCCACUGCCAAAGCAUACACUUCGCUAUAACAAUUCCUGCAGACGCCCUUCCCCUCAAAGUCCACAUAUGCCACUGCAGCAUCUGUCGCUACACACAUGGCACACCGUGUAUUUUCCACGCCCCGCUACCAGCAGGGGUAGCACCGCAGUUCAUCGCUCCAUCCAGCAUAGACAAACUGACACCCUACAACCACGCUGAGUCCCAGGCAGCGCGGCAUUUCUGCAGUACGUGCGGCUGCCACAUGGGUGAUAGAUCACACGAUGACGGGAGCUGGGUGAUAUCUACGGCUGUCUUCACUGAGCCAAACCAGGGUCUAUGGGAGAUGCGCACACAUGCUUUUACGACCUCCUCGCUUGAUGGAGGACUUUCGGCCAUGUUCUCGCACGUUGAUGGCCGUCAGCUUGACGUCUUUAACCUGGAGGCGUCACUGGAUACUAUCAAGGCUACCAGAACCGAGGCUGAGGAAUUGCGCGCUGAAUGCCACUGCGGUGGCGUUUCGUUCUCUAUCGCUCGUCCUAGAAAGGAAUUCCUCGAUAGUCCUGCGAGCGAGGGAUGGGUUUUGUCAAGAGAUACGACCAAGUGGCUUGCGCUUCUUGAUCUCUGUGAUGACUGUCGUCUGGUCGAUGGGUCGAAUGUCAUAGCUUGGAUGUUCAUUCCGGUUGAUCACAUAUCCCCUUCUCCACCGGGAGAUUUGAUUAUCGGGUCGUUGAAGAGUUACAAGUCUAGUGAAGAGGUACUACGGACAUUCUGUGGGACGUGUGGCGCAACGGUGUUUUAUAGCUGUACUGACCGGCCGGGGAUAGUUGAUGUGGCGGUUGGAAUUUUGCGCGCACCAGAGGGGGUGAUGGCUGAGAAUUGGGCAUUGUGGAGGGGGAGAAUUAGUUCGGAGGAUGAUGGAUUGAAGUAUGAUCCUGACUUUAGUAGGGCGUUGAUUGAGGGGUUGAAGGUAUGGGGGAGUAGGAAGGGUAUGCCGGAGGAUUUUGUUCUCCCGCGAGUGUAG